GGCGACGAGUGCGCAGAGGACCAGGUUCGAACCUGCAAUAAACGACCCUUGCCGCUUGGCUUUGACUUACGACUCUGGUGGACUUUUGUGGGAGGUUUCGGAACUUCGGGCAUUACAUUUGGAGGUCCCACCGAGAUCUCCUCCGAGCCCACCAGACUUCUGGUCAACGGGUCGUAUCUGAUUCCGAUCGGUAAGUAAGCCGGCUCUAACGUUCUUCCUUUUCUCUCUGAUCUGUGUUUCUUCUCUGGAGAACCGGUUCUGUCUGGAAGCUGGUGUGACCCUGGCGGACGCGCUAUAGGGCACCCAGCCGGUGUCAGUUGGAGACGUCCACUGACUGGAUCUGGGGGCCUUCUUGGCCCAUCUGGGGGCCUUCUUGGCCCGUCUGGGGACCUUCUUGGUCCGUCUGGGGACCUUCUUGGUCCAUCUGGGGCCUUCUUGGCCCGUCUGGGGACCUUCUUGGUCCGUCUGGGGACCUUCUUGGUCCGUCUGGGGGCCUUCUUGGUCCGUCUGGGGGCCUUCUUGGCCCAUCUGGGGGCCUUCUUGGCCCGUCUGGGGACCUUCUUGGUCCGUCUGGGGACCUUCUUGGUCCAUCUGGGGCCUUCUUGGCCCGUCUGGGGACCUUCUUGGUCCGUCUGGGGACCUUCUUGGUCCGUCUGGGGGCCUUCUUGGUCCGUCUGGGGGCCUUCUUGGCCCGUCUGGGGGCCUUCUUGGCCCAUCUGGGGACCUUCUUGGUCCGUCUGGGGACCUUCUUGGUCCGUCUGGGGGCCUUCUUGGCCCAUCUGGGGACCUUCUUGGUCCAUCUGGGGGCCUUCUUGGCCCAUCUGGGGACCUUCUUGGUCCAUCUGGGGACCUUCUUGGUCCAUCGGGGGCCUUUUUUGGCCCAUCGGGAUUCUUUUCUGUGGGCUGCUUACGCCCAACGCGCCUGCGAACUAAAUACUUUCAUUUUCUCUAUGAACUUCCAGAGUGCUAAGAAAUAUCUCUAGGUGUCUAAAAGAAAAAACCAUCUAGGCAUGCCAAUUGUUAUCCAUAUUUUGAUGUGAUGUGUGUCUGUGUGUCUGUUAAAUCGACUGGAAUGAUUGUUGGGAGUCAGGGCACGCGCCUGACUUCCCCUAUGUGUAGUCCCACAGCAUAAGCUACGGGAUUCGAGUGGGCUCUAACCCGACUUCCGCGGUGAUCCUCAUACGGCUUAAGGCGGUCAAAAUUUAUUUUGAUCCAAGCAGGGGGUUUAUACCUGCCCGCCCAUGCUAAGAGGCACCUAAGUUCCCGCGAGGGACGCGGACGGGCGAGUACGCGAGUGCUUCUAUGUCAGUCUAAAUGUAUUGUCACCCCUGGGCCCUUGUAAUUACUGCCGUCCUAGCCAUAACCCUUUCUGUUCGGCUGGCCGAGACCAGAAAGUUGGAACCGCUGCGAAAGAUUCUUGUUCUUGUUUUUCUUUCAUGGGUCGGAUGUUUUAUUGGAAUUAAGUGUUUUAUCGGUUGAUCAGAAUUAAUUAUUCCAUCCUUUGUUCCUCUCUCCUCCUUCCUCAGCUCCCUGCGGCUUUCCCUCCCACCCCCUGGCCAGCGGCGCCCCCUCCCCCACGUCCGUGCUGCCCGCGUCCCCUUCUCUUCUCCUCUUCCUCAGAAUCAUAACAUGGGCCAAACGCAGAGCACCCCUCUCUCCCUCCUUCUCACCAACUUCAGGGACAUAAAAGCUAGAGGACACAACUUAAGCCUAGACAUUCGCAAAAGGAAGUUGAUCACCUAUUGCCGCUCUGAAUGGCCCACCUUUGGGGUCAAUUGGCCUACAGAGGGAACCUUCUGCCUCCCUGUGGUCCUUAAAGUAAAAUCAAAAAUUUUCCUACCAGGGAAAGAAGGUCACUCGGAUCAGAUUCCCUAUAUUCUGGUGUGGCAAGAUUUAGUAGAAAACCCACCUCCCUGGAUGGCCUCUUUCUUAACAACAGGGCCAUGCAGAAUUCUAGCGGCUAAACCUAUCAACCCUCCCAAGCCGCCAACUCCAACUGCACCCCCUGUUCUCCCCGACAGCCAAGAUUUACUUUCCCUUGGCUCACCCCCUUACCAGGUUCCCCCUCUUAUUCCGCAAGCUGCUCCUAUCCCUGCCGCGCCGGCAGAGCCUCCCGUAGCUCAGCCCAUAGAAAGAUUAGAAGAUAGGGAGGCUCAACCCGCGCCCAUGCCUAGAGGGGACGAAAUCCAAAGUCCGGCUGGACAUAGCGGUAGGCGGGCCCCUCAUGAGCCAGGACUCCGCCUUCCUGACUCCACCAUAGCUUUACCCUUACGGGAAACAGGGCCUCCCGAUGAUACGGGGAACCCCCGACUUCAAUACUGGCCCUUCUCUACCAGUGACCUAUAUAACUGGAAAACCCAGAAUGCCCAAUUUUCUGACAACCCUAAAGAUUUAAUAAGUCUCUUAGACAGCGUUAUGUUUACCCACCAACCCACCUGGGAUGAUCGUCAGCAGCUCCUCCGAAUCCUGUUCACCGAGGAGCGAGAAAGAAUUCAAUUGGAAGCAAGAAAGCUGGUUCCUGGAGACGAUGGCCAACCCACUGCUAACCUUGAUCUCAUUAAUGCAGCUUUUCCCUUGACCCGACCCCCACAGGAUGGCUGGGACUACAACACGGCAGAAGGUAGGGGACGGCUGCGCAUUUAUCGCCAGACUCUAAUGGCGGGUCUCCGGGCUGCUGCACGCAAGCCCACUAAUUUGGCAAAAGUGUAUUCAGUAAUACAAGGUAAGACAGAGAGCCCCGCUACUUAUUUAGAAAGACUGAUGAAAACCUUCAGACAGUAUACCCCCAUGGACCCCGAGGCCCCCUAAAACCAAGCUGCUGUUGUAAUGGCCUUUGUAAAUCAGGCAGCCACUGAUAUUAAAAAGAAACUCCAGAAACUAGAGGAAAAGGGGGGAAAACAGAUUCAGGACUUACUCCGCAUUGCCCAGCGUGUCUAUAAUAAUAGAGAGACUCCAGAGGACAGGCAACUUAAAGCCACCGAGGAAAUGACCAAAGUCCUGGCCGCUGUUGUCCAAAAGCCCCUAGAUAAGGACCAAUGUGCCUAUUGCAAAGAAAAAGGCCAUUGGGCCCGAGAAUGCCCUAAAAAG